AUGGAGCCCGCUGAAGGGAGUGGCAAGGGCAAAGUUGAGGAUGACGAGGGGCCAAAGAAGUAUAGUCCGCAAGAGACAUUGUGGCUGGCCAAGAACUUCGUCGACGUCUCCGAGGAUCCUAUCAUAGGCAACCAGCAGAGCGGCAAGGUGUUCUGGGAGUGGAUUGCGGAGAAGUGCAACGCUGGUCGUCCUCGAGGGUCGUUCGAGCGUAGCUACGUGAAGCUGCGCAAGCAUUUGAGUCGGGUCCAGAAGGAGAUGAACAAGUGGAAUGGCAAGUGGACCAACGUAAUCCGGAUGUGGCCGAGCGGGCACAGUGAGAUGGACCUCGUGGAGAAGGCCAAGGCAGAGUUCUUCGCUGACGGGAAGAAGCACUUCAAGUACUUCGACGUUUGGAAGAUUGUCGAGAAAAGCCCGAAGUACACCGGUGGUGCCGAACCGAUGGCUAGUGGGGCGCCGAAGAGAACCAAACACUCAAAGCCGUCCGAUGGGAACAAAGACGGCAAAGAGGAAAGCGAAGGGGAAGGCAACUGCAAGCUACUCCGUUAUGCCUCCACCGCUGCCCAAUCAGUCUCUGGAUAUGAUCUCCGAUAUGAUUUGAAGUUGUGA